CGCGCGAGAGGAAGAAGCGUCGGUCCACGGUCAAAGCAACUUGGCGAUGAUCAUCGCGCCAUCCGCUUUGAGGGUUGAUGAGCACAAUACGGAUACUACCGGCUGCUUCGCCUCUGCUAGCACGGCAAGGGAGCGAGGACUCCAAAGGCCUCCCACGCCAAUCGUCAAGGAGCGUAAUAACGUGUGUGGAAAUCCCAGCUCAACAAGGAAAACGGACACUGGUCAAGCGGAAGACAGAACGUACGUUUGGAUGAGAUGCAUCGGCCGCGGUGCACGCAACCAUCCGUCCGUCACUCCGGGCCGAAGUAGAACGCGGGGGAGGCGGAUGGGGCUGCCUGGAUUGCCCAGCACAACCACGGAUGUCUCGUCCCCCGGCCUUGCGCAUGCCAAUGGGAUAAGAGCCACAAGUUCUUGGUGUUUUGGAUUUUUUCCCCCUUCCUCUGCCGCUAAGUCCAUUCUCGCCUCUCCUGAGCGCGCUCGCCCGGCACGGCGGUGGCUGUGCGAGGCGCGCGUUCUAUAGGUCCUGGCACGAGGGGGAAAGAUGAACAAAGGGGGGCGGGGGGCGAAUAGAUGGCCUGGUAGAGGUACGGGUUUCCCCUUCUCAGCCCAUCUUCGUAGUUACUUUGUAUUAGGCAUACUGCUUUCUCUGCGAGGCUUUUGCUUGCGGGAUAAUACCUCGAGGAAGCCAUCUCACUGUACCCGGGCGUGCAUGCAGAUCGAAGAUCGCCCAUGAUGGCAGGCCGCAUACCGCAGCUCGCGAAUCCGAAGGAGGGGAGGCAUCAGCCCAUUCCUAAGCCACACACGGCGCAGGG